CUUGUGUGAGUCCAUCAAUACUUCCGGAAACGUCAAACCCAUGUUUUGCGGACUUAAGGUGUUGAUAGUUUUACGUUUACGUGGGGUCACAUUUCUUUAUAGCAAUGCCAGUUGCAGAAGAGAGUUACAGAGACGAUAUUUUCUUUGAAGAAGAGGACUUGGCCUACGAAGAAGAUAUUUUGAGGAAUCCAUUUUCUGUGAAAUGCUGGCUACGCUACUUGGAACACAAGAAGGGUUCAUCACGGGAAGUUAUCAACUUGAUCUUUGAACGAGCUCUCAAAGAAUUACCUGGCAGCUACAAGUUAUGGUAUCAGUAUCUGCGGCUCCGGAGAAGGCAGGUUCGGGGCAGGUGUGUGACAGACCCAGCAUACGAGGAUGUAAACAGUGCAUUUGAGAGAUCAUUGGUGUUCAUGCACAAGAUGCCUAGGAUUUGGAUUGACUACUGCCAGCUGUUGAUUGAUCAGGGGAAAAUAACUCGCACCAGGAGGACGUUCGACCGAGCGUUAAGAGCACUGCCAAUCACACAACACAACAGGAUCUGGCCGCUGUACCUCAAGUUUGUCCGCAUGUACGAGAUUCCAGAAACCGCUGUCAGGGUGUAUCGGAGGCAUCUAAAGCUGCAGAAGGAAAACGCUGAAGAAUACAUAGAAUACCUCAAAUCCAUUGAUUGGUUGGACGAGGCUGCCUUGAAACUGACUGACAUCAUCAACGAUGAAACGUUUGUAUCCAGGGAUGGCAAAUCAAAACACCAGUUGUGGAAUGAACUGUGUGAUCUGAUUGCUAAAAACCCUGACAAGGUGAGCACCCCGAAGAUCGAGCCCAUCAUCCGACAGGGUUUGAAGAGAUACUCCGACCAGAUUGGUGUGCUCUGGAACUCUAUGGCUGACUACUAUAUCAGAGGAGGACAUUUCGAAAGGGCGAGGGAUAUCUACGAGGAAGCUAUUGACACUGUGAUCACUGUGAGGGAUUUCACUCAGGUGUUUGAUGCGUAUGCACAGUUUGAGAAGAGUAUGAUUGCCGCCAAGAUGGAAACCAUGGAAGAAACGGGAGCCUCUGAGGAAGAUGAUCUUGACCUUGAACUGCGGUUAGCUAUACUGGAAUCUUUGAUGGAUAGACGACCUUUGCUUUUGAACAGUGUCCUGUUGAGGCAGAAUCCACACAAUGUCCAUGAAUGGCACAAACGUGUCAAGUUGUACGAGGGAAAACCUACAGAAAUCAUCAAUACAUACACAACUGCUGUCCAGACGGUGAACCCGAAACAGGCCUCGGGUAAACCUCACACACUGUGGGUGGAGUUCGCCAAGUUUUAUGAAAAUGCGGACCAAAUUGAAGAUGCCCGACUGAUAUUUGACAAAGCUGUUAAAGUUGAGUACAAGACCGUGGAUGACCUGGCCUUAGUUUACUGUGAAUGGUGCGAGAUGGAAAUACGACACGAAAAUUUUGAUGACGCUCUGAAGUUACUGCAAAAAGCCACUACACCGCCACCGAGAAAAGUUGCAUACCAUGAUGAGACCGAAAAAGUUCAAGCCCGCGUGCACAAAUCACUCAAAGUUUGGUCUCUCUAUGCAGAUCUUGAAGAAAGCUUUGGAACAUUCAAGUCGUGUAAAGCUGUUUAUGACAGAAUAAUAGAGCUGAGAAUAGCCACGCCUCAGAUCAUCAUGAACUAUGGAAUGUUUCUUGAAGAAAACAACUACUUUGAAGAAGCUUUCAAGGCUUAUGAGAAGGGAAUUGCAUUGUUCAAAUGGCCUAAUGUUUAUGACAUUUGGAACACAUACCUCACCAAGUUUAUUGACAGAUAUGGUGGUAAGAAACUGGAACGGGCCCGCGAUCUCUUUGAGCAGUGUUUGGAAAACUGUCCACCGAAAUACGCAAAAGCUAUUUACCUACUGUAUGCAAAGCUAGAGGAAGACUAUGGGCUGGCAAGGCACGCCAUGGCAGUUUACGACAAGGCCACGAAGGGAGUCUUACCGGAAGAACAGUACGAGAUGUUCAAUAUUUACAUCAAACGAGCGGCCGAGAUUUAUGGUGUCACACACACAAGAAGCAUCUACGAGCAAGCCAUUGAAGUUUUGCCUCACGAACAGUCAAGAGAGAUGUGUUUACGGUUUGCUGACCUUGAGAAGAAACUAGGCGAGAUUGACAGAGCGCGGGCUAUCUAUGCUCACUGUUCUCAGAUAUGUGAUCCAAGGAUUGCACCAUUGUUCUGGGAUACCUGGAAGGAGUUUGAAAUCAAACAUGGAAACGAAGACACGGUCCGGGAGAUGUUAAGAAUAAAACGCAGUGUACAAGCCAUUUACAACACCCAGGUGAAUUUUAUGUCUGCACAAAUGUUGGCAGUGACAGGUGUAAUGGGAGAUAAUCCAGCUCCAGUGGGAGGUGAGGCGGACCAGAUGCAGAAGCUAGAAGAGCGUGCACGGCAACUCGCGGAGGAGGCCGUCCUUGACCAGCCGAAAAAAGACAAGAACAUCCUCUUUGUCAGGAGUGACACGACGACUGAAGAACUCGGAGAUAUGGCGAAGAUUGCCAACCCAGAGGAGAUAACCAUUGACGACGAGUUCUCCAGUGAUGAGGAAGAAACAGUUGAAGAGUUAAAUGUGAAGGCGGUACCGAAAAAGGUGUUUGGAAGCUUGGUAAACGAGGAUGAAGAUGAUGAUUGAAUCAUUUUCAUGUUUGUGUUGGUGACAUUGUGCUCAGUGACAAAAACUAAAACAUUCACAUAAUCACGAGUUGACAAAACAGUUUGCAAAAUGGAAUAAACAAUGAUGCAAAAA